UGUAUACUAAUUUUUGAUUUUUAACCAGUCUGGCAGCAAACAUAUCGAUAUCUUUUUUUUAUCAACCUGCGAGCAACGCAAUUGCUUAAUUGCGCAGUGCUGCCAGACAAAUUGCAGAGAACAGCUGGGUUCUGGCCGCGAAUUUGUGCAGAAUUUUAAAGAACUUGCGGCAUUUGUGCUGGGUAGCGUUAACUGAAUUUAGAUUGCAUGCAACAUGUCUGAUGAUCCAGACUUUUUAUUUGCACUGAAGCUGCAGCAGCAGCUCGAUGGCGAUAUAUCUAACAGCGAGCCCAGCUCAGCGCCCACAAAGAUGACACAGAGCUCGGGUGAAGAUGAUGCCGACUUUCAGUUGGCGCUGAAGCUGCAGGCCGAAAUGAAUGCCGCGGAUGCAGACGUCAGCGGCGAUGAGAGCGUUGGCAACGAAGGCGUCAGCAUCUUUGCCCUCGACAUGAGCAAAACCGGCAAUAACAAUAACAAGAAACACUCAAACAGGAAGCCCCCACCACGCGUAAGUGGCAGUAAGGAGCUUAUGAAGGCGCCCAGCCCGCCGCGAGCUGCUCACGACAACUAUCUGGAUCAGACUCAGAAUCUGGUGCAUCCGGAAUGGGAACUUGUUGAUCCAACACCGGAUAUAUUCGCCAUGUUUGUGCGCUUCGAUCAGAAGUUUUUCCAGCGGCGUCUGGGCGCAGUCGUUGUUGAGUGGAGCAAGCGCAUGUAUUCCUGUGCGGGCAUAUGCUAUCAGCGCGGCAAUCGUUUCGUCAAGGAGGUGAUCAUACGACUCAGUGAGCCGCUGCUGAAGCUGCGUCCGCGCAAGGAUUUGGUUGAGACCCUGCUGCACGAGAUGAUUCAUGCCUAUUGCUUUGUGCUCAACAUACGCGAGGGCAAUGGCGGACAUGGACCGAACUUUAAACGGAUUAUGGGCAUCAUCAACAAAGUGGCUGGCACCAAUAUAACCGUCUAUCAUACAUUUCACGAUGAGGUGGACGCCUAUAAGACGCACAUCUGGCGCUGCAAUGGCAUCUGCCAGUAUCACAAUCCCUUUCAGGGUUGGGUGAAGCGCACAUCGAACCGUGCGCCCGGGCCCAGCGAUCAAUGGUGGGCCAAGCAUCAGCGCGAGUGUGGCGGCACCUUUGAAAAGAGAAGCGAGCCGGCCAAAUCGGCCGCCAAAAAGCCUUCAAAGCCAACGUCCAAAUAUACGACCAGGAUGAAAAACGAAACGACAACCGGCGAUGAUAUACGCAAAUAUUUUGGCAAAUCAAGGACAUCGGUUAAUUUGCUGCCACAGGUGCAACCAGCUCUGGGUUUGCCUGGCGCAUUCCCGCCCACCUCUUAUCCAGGCGUAUCGAGCAAACCAUUUGAUGUCAUGCAGACGAGCGCUAGCAAAAAGAGGCGCGGCAAUAUAGUCGGCUUCAAGGAUCUCACCGAAGGUAGCAGCGAAGAGGAGGGCAAGCGCGUUAACAAAAACAACUCACUUAACAGCAGUAUGGAGGGUCAGGGCUACAGCAUGUCAAAUGGCAAUCGGAGUGGCAAUUUCGGCCAGGUGCCAAAUAAUGUUAAUCGCAACCAUUUGCGCGAGGUGUGGUCCAAGCGAUUUGCCAGCGAAACCGUUAAAACUGAGCCAACAAAGCCCAUGUCGGAAAAUCCAAACAAGCGUCGUCGCGCUACCGAAGAUCUUAUCAGCUGGGAGUCCUACGAUGAGGAUGUCAUGGUGCGCGAUGUUGUUGCGCCCGUCAUUAACAUUUCAGACAGCGAGGAUGAUCUGUCCGAGCAGCCAAUAGCCCAACCUGCAGCUGCAGCAACCAAGACCAAGACGCUACCGAAACCGCAACCGCAACUGAGCAGCCAUGAGCGCACCAUCAACAUCAAGCGCGAGGUCAUGGAGGAGGAAUCGCUUUAUAGCGACGAUGACAUUGUCAUGAUCGAUGAUGAAUACGAUGAUGGGGCAGAUGAUGCUGGCGAUGAACUAAAUGCGGCCGCUGAGCUAGCCGAUCAGUCCAUCAUUGAUGAUUUAUUCGGCGAGGAUACGCUGCUGCAGGAGUUCCAGCUCGAAAACGAUGUGGUGCCAUGCAGUUCGCGUUAUCAGUACGAUGAGGGCAACGAUAUAACCAGCUGUCCCAUAUGCUUUGAGAAAAUGAAACGCUCCGAAUUUGCCAAUCAUCUGGAAGGCUGCAGUAUUACCAUUAAAGUGCUGCCGCCAACUAUAAACAAGAAUACCCAUUUACCCGGCAACAGCCACAGCAUUAAUAAGCCCAAAGCAACGGCAGGCAAACGUAAGCCACGGACAACACAGCGUCAAAUACUGAAGAGCUCCGGCUAUACAGACGCCGAGAUCGCUGCACUAGAUCUCAGCUCGUCCAGUGAUUCGGCCAGGGCCAGUGAGAAUGAAAUGACACCACGUCAGAUACGCCAGCGCAAUCUCUACAAGCAGACCAGCGAGUGUCCCAAGUGCGGUCAGGAGUUGCUUGGCCAUCAAAUUGAGGCACAUCGCAAGCUCUGCAAACGCAAGUCGCGCUAGGAUUAUUUCUAUUAUACUUGAAACAUGCCCCAUGGCUAAAUUGCCAUGAAUGUUAUUCUUAUUUCUAGUUCUAGCUAUUAGUUAUUAGUUAGUUGUUUCUGAAGUUAAGUUCUGGGUUCCGUAUGCGGCCCAUACAAUUU